AUGUUGGGAAGUUGUCCGAGAGGAGGAGGUGAGCAACCGCAAGGGGUGCUCGCUGCAGGUGGUCAACUUGCUGAUGGGCGUGGCGGUUGCUUCUCCUUUUACCACGUACCUCAGCAGUGCCGGAGGGAAAAGCUCCGCUACGCCAAUGCUGCCGAGGCGGCGCCGCCGCUGUUCAUGCGGCCUUCGCCUUCCUCGCACAUGCUUAACCCUCACUACAAUACCUCGCCUUACGACCAUGGAUUUCCACCGCUCGACCUCUUCAACCCUAACCCUCUCUUAGGCGGCGAUGGCAGCGACCAACAUCAAGGCCAAGGCUUCUCCUUGUCGCUCUCCUCAGCAGUCGUCGACGAUCAACAGCACCACCAUGGGCAGGCACAGGGUGCGUCCCCCAUGGCUGGCCCGCCGUCAGUCGUGUCGGCAGUCCAGCGGGUAGGGCCAGUCCCCGCCGGGCCGUUUACAGGGUACGCGACAAUAUUAAACAGUUCAAGGUUUCUGAGGCCAGCACAGCAGCUUCUCGAGGAGACUUGCGGUGGCGGCGUCGGAGGGUCUUUGGUCGGCAGCGGGGACGAGGUCGAGGCACUGGAUAUCGCGGGGGACAUCCCUGAGCGCACGGACACCCUGGACGGCGUGAUAGGUGGCGGGGAGCAGCGGAGGAUGAAGUCGAGGCUCAUCUUGAUGCUGGACGAGGUCAUUCAUUAUAUCAUCGUAGCAACUUCUAUUAAUUUCUUUUGCUCUAUUUUCGUUUUCCUCCGUCGGAUUGGGAGAUCAGAGGUACAUCUUAGUGCAGUCGUUGACCGUUCAUCGUUUUCAUCGUCUUUCAGGGUCUAUGUUUUAACUUGUACUAAGUACGAAACAAGAUAUGGGUUGAGCCUUGGCGAUUAGUCAUCUUGAUGGAGUCCUUUGGUUGAUUUGAUGGAAGCUUUGUUGAUUAGAUAUUGUCAGGACGGAUGAUCUUCCUUGACCUAGACCUUCUUGAUAUUUCAUCGCACUUCUCUUACUAAUGCGAAGCCGCUGUGCUCGGUAGGUUCAUUGGCUUUUAUUAUUAUAAUGCUACGGGGUUAAAGUGCAAUGGCGAUUUAUCGUUGUCGAAUAUCCGUCCGAUUAUUUAGUGACGUGUUACGUGCUGAGUCAAUGCUUUCAGUUGCACGUCCCGGGACUGUUUUAAUGUUUUGUAGUUUGUGGGAAGGACCACGUUGCGUCUGGAUCAGUCUGUAGCUGUUACAGAUGCAACGUUGUUCAUCUUCCUUAUUGUUUUAUUCUAUUCGUAAUGCAGCAGGGAUUGAGGACGUUUUUUCGGUCGUGAACGCAGUACUAAUGGUUUCAGAGUACCCUCCUCCACUAUCUAGGAAUAAUGCCUCUUGGCGUUUUUGGGUUUCCUUUUGGUGCGUACAACACUCAUUGUAAGUUUCUUGGCUGCGAUGUCUUGGAAUGAUGCCCAAGGCUUUACUUCAGGCAGUUGAAGAAGGGCCUUUGAGGCUGGCCUUGGGAGUGUGAUGGACGUGUACGUGAUAAGUGAGGCGGAACGGGUUUGGAGUCUCGAAAGGUCUAACCCAUUCCAAACACUUUAGAAUUUGUCGAAUUUUGUGGGCUGAGGGAGAAACGCCAUCACCGCUGUUGACGCAGAAAUGUCCUUUGCCGUUGUCGGCCGCAGGUUAAUAUUGACUCGCCUUCUAUAUUGCCUGCGAUAGGCAGCUUGAAACCCUCUGAGGUUAUGGCACAGUCUUUACCGGCAUUGAUGCUUUACUAUGAUCUUUAACACUGUAUUCUCUUCAUUUCAUGUUUCUGUUUCGUUGUGUUCUUAGAUAUCUUCGACCAAUGUUCUGUGGAUAGCAUGCCAUAAUUCAUCUCCUCUUCAAGUUGCGUUGCAUAGAUUCUCAACGUGCGGCUUCCACGCUCUAGUUUACGUAUCGAAGUCCUUUCCGUGUUGAACCCCGCCCCCCCUUUCCCUCCUGGGCCUUCUUCUUUUUUCUGCCCUGUAAUUGCCCUAGUAUUUUACAUGUUGAAAAUAUACUGAAAGAUCGUUAUGAAUCGUUUUAAGCCAACGACGACGGAACCUCAAUGCUUUCUGUUACCUUCAGGUGUACAGAAGGUACAAACAGUAUUACCAUCAAAUUCAAGCAGUGAUCUCAUCGUUUGAAGCGGUCUCGGGCCUUAGUAUGGCAGCCCCAUACGCUCCUUUGGCUCUAAGAUCCUUGUCGAAGCACUUCAAGAGUCUGAAGAAUGUCGUAGCUGAGCAGCUUCGGUUUGCGAGUAAAUGUGUGGGCAAGGAAGGCCAGAGUGGAGAGGAUAUACCGUCGUAUAGACUGGCGAGCAACGCUGGCCUUUGUUUCCCCAGAGUUGCUCAUUGUUCUGGUGCGGUUAGCCAACAGCCGGCCUGGCGCCCCCAGAGGGGGCUUCCAGAACGCGCGGUCUCUGUUCUUCGAUCAUGGUUGUUCGAACACUUCCUACAUCCGUGAGUGUUCUCGACUGCUUUUUUAAUCGAUUCACAACUUGUCUUCAAUUCAUGUUUCAUGAGAGAGUUAACUUAUUUUCAGAUACCCUACUGAUAUGGAUAAGCAGAUGUUGGCCAAACAGACUGGCCUCUCGAGAAACCAGGUAUUCGGAUUCCCUCAUUCGUGCAGUUUUUACGGCAUGUUAUUCCGAUUUGCCAGUUGUUCUCAAUGGAUGGAAAUUUAUUUAUUAUGACGUUUAUCUAUCUCAUUUCUUCGUCUCUCUUGAGCAGGUUUCAAACUGGUUCAUUAAUGCGAGAGUCCGACUUUGGAAGCCCAUGGUGGAAGAAAUUCACUCGCUGGAGCAGCAGCACGAUCAUCGCAAAGCUCCCCAAUCUGACAGCAGUCGCGGUGCAAACAAGCAACCUGAGUUGUUGACUUCCCCAUCCGCUGUCUCUGCCGGCGACAAGCAGGCGCCUCCUGCCGUCAGCAGCUCGUUUAAACGAUCUCGGGCUGAAUUUUCUCAGCUGCCCAAUCACAUCAAAGAUCCCUUGAACUUCUCCCUCGAAGACUUCUCCGCCGCCCAACACCGCGCUGGGGUGCCGGUGACUAUGGCAGGUGGCGUCCACGGAGGAGUCUCCCUCACCCUCGGUCUGCACCAGAACGGCGGCACUAUUUGUUUUUCCAACCCGCCCAUGCCCAUGAGCGGCGUGCAUCGUUUUGGUAUCGAAGAUGGAGGCGGCGUAGGGUUCGCAAUGGACAGCGGUGGGUUCGAAGGGCACGAACAGCACCACAACUUCGGGAAGGAAUUCGACGGGCAGUUGCACCACAUAUUCUGA